AUGAACUCCCUCCGUAUUGCUCGUACGGUUCUGCGGGCGCGCCCUGCAGCUAUCAAGGCGCCUCUGCUGCAGCGAAGAGGGUACGCCGAAGCCGUGUCGGAUAAGAUCAAGUUGAGUUUGGUCCUACCGCAUCAGUCCAUUUAUAAAUCGCAAGAUGUCGUCCAAGUCAACAUCCCCGCAGAGUCCGGCGAUAUGGGUGUGCUGGCAAACCACGUUCCCUCCAUUGAGCAGCUGAAGCCCGGCCUCGUCGAGAUUAUCGAGGAGACCGCUGGAAGCAAGCAAUACUUCCUCUCCGGUGGAUUUGCCAUUGUUCAACCGAACUCGGAAUUGAGCAUCAAUGCCGUCGAGGGUUUCCCGUUGGAGGAUUUCAGCAUAGAUGCUGUGCGAUCACAGAUCUCCGAGGCGCAGAAGAUUGCCGGUGGAAGCGGUAGCGAGCAGGAUAUUGCUGAGGCGAAGAUUGAGCUCGAGGUCCUGGAAGGUCUACAGGCUGUCUUGAAGUGA